GUCUUUAUCAACUAAUGAUUCUAUCUGCUCCAUCUGUAAAGCAUGCAAUGCACUAUAAAUAGACCAAUCGAGUGUUCUAAGUUCCUCACAGGAAGCUAGCAAGCUCGACUAACUCACUUCACAAUCUUCACACCCCUCACAUUUCCAUACCCUUUUAAUCGUUUGUUUCCAGGCUCUGACUCGCAAUGGACACGAUAACAAGCAUGGUGGCCCAAAAGCCGGUGGUGAUCUUCAGCAAGAGCUCUUGUUGCAUGAGCCACACCAUCAAGUCACUCAUAUCGAGCUACGGGGCAAACCCAACAGUGUAUGAGCUAGAUGAAAUGCCAAAUGGGCAGGCUAUUGAAAGUGCACUAGUUCAGCAGCUCAAGUGCCAACCAAGUGUGCCGGCCGUUUUCAUAGGGCAACAGUUUGUAGGCGGAGCUGAUCGGGUCAUGAGCCUCCAAGUCAGAAACCAGCUUGUCCCAAUGCUCAUAAGGUCCAAUGCUAUUUGGGUUUGGACUAGAACCUGAAUGACAUCCUCAUAUAUCUAUAACAUAAGUUAUACUCUAAAAUCCAGACCUACACUACUUACCAAAGCUCAAAUAACAGUUUUUCUAUUCCCUCGUAGCAUUUAUCCCUUCGGUUGGUAUCAUGAACGGGAGUCGGUAUGAAGUCAAUGUAUACUCUAUCGAGCUAAGCUUUUUUCACCUUCUUUAUCUUGUACUAGCACUACCCUUGACUUCUGCUUUGUCUGGGCAAGGCUGAAGUUAGUUCCUCUUGUUGAAGAGAAUGAGCUUGUAUGUUUUUAGUUCCUGUAAUCUCCCUUUACUGUAUGCAUGUUUAACAAAA